CGGGUGGAGGAGGAAGUGGUGUCAUGGCGGCGGCGUCGUCUGCGGCGGGUUCCGGGCCUGGCGCGAGCUCGGCAGCGGCGGCGGCGGCGGCGGCGUGUCGUGGCGCGGGCGGCUCGCGCUGGUUCUUCAGCCGGGAGCAGCUGGAGAGCACGCCCUCGCGGCGCUGCGGUGUCGAGGCCGACAAGGAGCUCUCGUACCGGCAGCAGGCGGCCAACCUCAUCCAGGACAUGGGCCAGCGCCUCAACGUCUCUCAACUUACAAUUAAUACUGCAAUUGUUUACAUGCACAGGUUUUAUAUGCAUCAUUCAUUCACAAAGUUUAAUAGAAAUAUUAUAUCUCCUACUGCAUUAUUUUUGGCUGCAAAAGUGGAAGAGCAGCCACGAAAACUCGAACAUGUUAUCAAAGUAGCAAAUGCCUGCCUUCAUCCUCAAGAACCACAGCCGGACACAAAGAGUGAUGCAUACCUUCAGCAGGCCCAAGAACUGGUUAUACUUGAAACAAUAAUGCUUCAAACUUUAGGUUUUGAGAUUACCAUUGAGCAUCCGCACACAGAUGUUGUGAAAUGUACGCAGUUAGUAAGAGCAAGCAAGGAUUUGGCACAGACAUCAUAUUUCAUGGCUACCAACAGUCUGCACCUUACUACAUUUUGUCUUCAGUACAAGCCGACUGUGAUAGCAUGUGUCUGUAUACAUUUGGCUUGUAAGUGGUCCAACUGGGAGAUCCCUGUAUCAACUGAUGGAAAACAUUGGUGGGAAUACGUAGAUCCUUCUGUUACUUUAGAGUUGCUUGAUGAGCUAACACAUGAAUUUCUUCAGAUAUUGGAGAAAACGCCUAGUAGGCUAAAGAGGAUUCGAAAUUGGAGGGCUAACCAGGCUGCCAGGAAGCCUAAAGGAGAUGGCCAAUCAUCAGAAAAUUCUCUUCUUGGAUCAUCUUUGGUUCAGAAUUCCAUGUUGGUAGAUGCUGUUGCUGGUGUGUCGGCAAAUGCAAGUUUUCAAAAACAGCCGACAUCCACAUUUCCUGCUCCAGUUCCUCUGAACUCAGGAAGUAUUUCUGUUCAGGACAGUCAAGACAAUUUGGCAAUACUAGCAGCAGGAAUGCCAAGUACCUCAUAUACUCUAGCGACGCACCAAGAAUGGCCUCAGCACCAAGAACAAACAAGGACAGAACAGAUGUAUGCUCAUAAACAGGAGGCUUCAUUGCCUGGUCAGUUCAGCCUAAGCUUCCAGCCAGGUGCUCCGUUGCAGUUACAUGCAGGAUUACAUCACAGAGGUGAAAAGCUCUCUGAACAUUCGGCCACACUUAAAGCAGGAAACAAACAUCAUGGGCAUGUUGCCCCUGCGAUAAUGCCUCAGAAAAUGACAUUGGAUAAAUACAGAGAGAAAAGGAAACUAGAAACGCUUGAACUGGAUGUCAGAGAACACUAUAUGGGUACAGAACAGCCCUUCAAAAAACACCAGACUCAAGCAGCAUGUAACAGUUCUGUAACGUCCCCUAUUAAAAUGAAAAUCCCCCUCGCAAAUGCUGAAAAAGCUGAAAAACACAUGGCUGACAAAAAGGAGAAGGGUGGGUCGCUGAAGUUGCGGAUACCCAUUCCACCCACAGAAAAGAACUCAAGUAAAGAGGAUCUGAAAAUGAAGAUCAAGGUCUCUUCCUCCGAGCGGCACAGCUCCUCGGAUGAGGGAAGCGGGAAAAGCAAGCACUCGAGCCCCCAUGUUAGCAAGGAAAAGCACAAGGACCUUUUCACAAACCGCCAUCAUGGUGCCAGUCAUAAGCAUUCCCAUUCUCAUACUGGUGGCAGUAGUAGUGGCAGCAGUAAGCAUAGUAAUGAUGGAUUGGUCCCCGCUGUUCUGAGGAGUCCGGUUGGCUUGAGCAGCGAUGGCAAUUCCUCGAGUUCCGGCUCUUCGAGGAAGAAGCUGUACAGCAAUGACGCUUCUCACAACCACCACUCCAAAAUGAGCAAAAGUUCCAAAAGUGCAGGUAGUUCCUCUAGUUCUUCCUCUGUUAAGCAGUAUGUAUCCUCUCUCAACUCUGUUUUUAACCUUCCCUUACCCCCUCCUCCCCCUGUCGCAUACCAGGUGGGCUACGGACAUCUCAGCACCCUCGUGAAACUGGACAAGAACCCAGUGGAGAACGGUCCUGAGGCCAGUCACGAGUACAGUACAAACAGCCAGCAUAUGGACUACAAAGACACAUUCGACAUGCUGGAUUCCCUGUUAAGUGCCCAAGGAAUGAAUAUGUAAUCAGUUGUUCAGGUCCCUUUCUCCCUUCUUCUUUUUUAUUUAAGAAUAUUAGAAUGGAGCCCGUUGUAAUAUAAGAAGAGCAGCCCCAGCCAUUGCUGCCCACUUUAUAUAGAUAUAGAUAUAUAUAUAAUAUAUGUAAGUGCUGCUUUAUCCUUCACUCUGAAAAGAAGGGUACAGUAAAUGAGCCUAUCUCUACAUACAAUAGUGUUAUAAAUACUGUAAUGAUAUCAAAGGUGCAAAAAUCACAGUGUUUCCACAACUGCAGUUAAGAACAGUAGACUGAAUGGCUGCUUCUAGCUGUCUUGAAUGCCUGAUGCAUUGACUAUUUAUAACUGAGUAUGCCAGCCACCAUUUUUGUUGCUUAGUUUAUGAAUGAGUGUAUUUUUUGUUGUGUAUUUAUACUGUAUGUAUGAUUUGCAUGUUUCAAAGAAGGGAUAUGUAAAGUAAUGCUGACAAUGUUUACAACAAAAAAGUGGAGAGAAACGUACAUACAUUUUUGUAUGUUUAGAUAUACCAUAAAUACUCAGGAUUGGAGCUGCUUGUAAGUAUAACCAAUGUACCUAAUUUUUCCAUGUGUCAGAAUCCAUAAAUUAUCAAAACGAAAGUAACACUUCAUGUUAAAUAUAGGCCUUUUUGAGAGCCCCUUCCUGAGAUCAGUUUGCCAACUGAAGAUUGUGAAGCUGCUGGAAGGCUAGCCAGCCAUGACAAUGCACCUCCAACAAGGCAAUGAGAGAGGGAAACUGCUCAGGCCUCCAUUUGUGAUUAUUAAUAUUAUUAUUACUCUUUUUUUCUUUUUUUCUUUUUAAACAAAAAACCCAGUUGACUGCUGAAACAGUAGUUUUCAGAAGGGGAAAUGAAAAUAAAGUUGAUAUAAUCUUUUUGAUGUGGAAGUGCAUUUACAUGUUUGGCUUGAUGCAGAAAUAGAGACACAGAACUGUUAAUAAUGGUUAUAUAGAUUAACGUGAUUUAAGAACGGAAAGACAUAAACUUAUAUAGUGAAAUUUAGUAAGGGUUUUUUUUUUAAAGCUUAAGUUAUUAGUGAACAUGGAUCACUGUUUUCCAUUAGCAUUUCAUACAGACUGCCACGUUUUGAACCCCCCUCCAAAAAUGUGUCUUGUGAGUGAAAUGCCAUUUCUUUUACAGGUGGAAUACUAUCUUUGCAAUAAAUGAGUACAGUUGUUGGUCUCCCAAUUUCUCCCUUAUCUCAGACAAUAAAAAGAAUUGUCACGUACGCUACGUGAAUUGUACUUGUGCUUGUCCUAACAAACUGGAGGCUGUUUUUCCAGAUCUGAAUAAUCACUCUCCAAUUAAACCACUAGUAUACAUUUUUAUGGCUGUAAGUGUCAUAUUACUGUUUUCAGUCACCUGCCUUUUUUGAACAAAUGAUUGUUGUGAAUGUUGAUGGGAUUUUUGUCAAAAACCAAUGUCUCAUUUUUGUCAGCUGUGACCCUAAGUGCAUGGAAAUUACCUCAAUAUAAAUUCAGUACAGUAGCGAGUGUUACUUACUGGGUAUUUAAUGUUAAAAAAGAAAAUAAGUUAUCCUCAUGUCUGAGGGGGAUCCUCUACUUGGUAACUUCUGCACAUUUUAUGCUCUAAUUGGUUCUAAAUAUUUCAGAUAUGAAUCUGAGGUUUAAGCCCUUUAGCUACACUAAAAGUGCUUUAGAGAACUGUUGACCAUGUAUCCAGUUUGUAGUUACCAUAUGACGUAACUACUUAAUGCAUCAAUUACUAUGUAAUAUUAGUUGCCAGUAAUACAAAACUUUGUACUACAUACUUGAAUACGUUUAUUUGAACUAUGGGUGUCUUUUCUAACACUUGAACAUGGACACGAUGAAUAAUGUAUCUUCAUAUUUUAAUCUAGUCCUUAGCCCUUCAGCCUGGUUCAUCCAAAACUGUUACUACUUCAUUCACCCUUGUAAUUUUUCUACAUUGAAAGAAUAUUUCUUAAAUCCUGUAUUGUGAACCUUGAUCCUGCAUUGUUGCAUUUUUUCAGCCUUUUUAGACUUUCUUCGCUACCUCAUCCAUGCUAUGAAAUCCUGAAGAGCUUUUGCCAUGUAGUGUAAGCAAGAUUCAGAAUGUCUUAAAUUGUGAUUCCCAGUAGGAAAGAAGACAAACCAGUAAAUGUUUACUUUAAAUAAAAUUUAUUUACAAAGCCUCAUA